AUGGUAUUGAGAACCAUAUCCGAAGGCUUAUCGGAUGCAAUAUCAGACUAUAUCUCUUCAAACCCUGCCUCAAAAUCAAACCAUGAAAAUGCAUCUCAGUACCUCCCUGGCGGGAAUACUCGCUCGGUUCUGUAUACCUCACCAUUUCCCAUAACUUUCGUUUUUGCCAAUGGUAUAACAUUAUCUUCAGCCGAUGGGUGCACUUAUCUUGACUUCUUAGGAGAAUAUACAGCUGGGUUAUUCGGACAUUCGAACGAACAGAUUAAAAACGCUAUUCAAGAUGCUGUAGAAAGUGGGUGGGGGUUUGGUGGCGUUGGAGUAUGGGAAGGACAAUUGGCGAGGCGGGUUUGUGAAAGAUUUGGGAUUGAAAGGUGUAGGUUUACUAAUAGCGGGACUGAAGCAAAUUUGAUGGCUAUCGCGGUGGCGAAGGUCGUUACUCACAAGAAGAAGAUACUGGUCUUUGGAGGUGCAUAUCACGGUUCUGUGCUCGCUUUCCCAAGCACCGAAUUACAAUCUCCAUUAAAUGUGCCACAUGAAUUCAUUGUCGGUCCUUAUAAUGAUAUCAAAUACAUUCAAUCCCUUCAAAAAGACCUCACAAUCACAAAUGACCUCGCCGCAAUCUUAGUCGAACAGAUGCAAGGCGCAGGGGGUUGUCACGCCGCAUCACCUGAAUUCCUUCAAUCCCUUAGAGAAUUAGCAGAUAAUACCAAAUCUAUUCUCAUCUUUGACGAAGUCAUGACGAGUAGACUUCACCCAGGCGGCCUCCAAUCAUAUCACGGUGUAAAACCUGAUAUGACGACUCUAGGGAAAUACCUAGCUGGAGGUUCAAGUUUUGGAUGUUUUGGUGGGAAAGAGGAAAUUAUGAAAGCAUUCGACGAGGGAAGGAGCGAUGGGGGGUUGGUGUUAAGCCAUCCAGGAACGUUUAAUAAUAAUGUUAUUAGUAUGAGAGCUGGAUGCGUGGCUCUUGAGAUACUUACGGAUGAUGUUCUGGUGGAAAUGAAUACUCUAGGCGAAGGGAUGAGGAAGGAGUUGAAUGAAUUGUGUAUAAAUUAUGGAGUUCAAGAGAGAAUGUGGGUUACAGGUGUGGGGAGUCUGAUGGCUUUGCAUUUCGGAGAGAGGAAGGAGGGAGAUGAUUUCAGGGAGUAUGUGGAGGUGAAGGAUAAGGAUGCCGAGGACUUGUUUUGGUUUUGGAUGAUUGAAAAUGGUGUCUACCUUGCGAGAAGGGGGUUUGUGGCGUUGACAAUUGAACAUAGAAAAGAGCAUGUUGAGAGGUUCUUGGAAGUUGCGGAGGGGUUUCUGAAGACAUGGGCUCAUGUAUUUCGGUAG